CUGUUUUUAAAAACAGUGACAUAUUAAUCAUGAAAAACUCAGUAUUUAUAUUUCUGUUCGUAUUCGCGGUCAUUUCUCACAGAGCGAUCUGUGAUAAAAAAUGUCAGAAAUGCGACGGAGGAGAAGAAUCCGCCUGCUUCAAAGGCGACGAAUCAAUAGAAACAGGGGAAUGUAUUGGCGAACACUCGUCUUGCUAUGAAUUAACUUAUAAACUUAAAGGUCAAGGUGGGAAACUAAUGAAGAAGGGAUGCUGUGACAAUGGUAAAUUAAAUUGCCUGGACGUAAUGUUAGGUUGUGCCAAUAUAAAAAAUUGUGAAACUCCAUCUGCUCAUUUUCCAUAAUCAAUAAAAGAAUUUACUAACAAACCGUUAGUGAAGAAAUAAAUUAAUUGAAAUCCUGCAAUUAA